AUGAUUGAUUAUAAUAUCACAUUAAAACCUAUGUCUGGGGAUUUAGACAUAGUUAGUUUAAAUACAUUACUGGAGGAAGGAUUACAAAAUAUGAUUGAAAAUAUUAAAAAAAUUACAAAUUUCGCUGAUGGGGACAUCGUUAAUAUGCAUGCCAACAAUCCGAAGUUUUUUACACCAAUAUCCACUGGUAAUAUGAAGUCCAAUGUGUCAGGACAGAAAAUUUUAAAUAAAAUAAGUGAUAUAUUAACGUCGGAUCAAUCAGUUAACAUCAACGAUACGGUAUUCGGCUUUCAAGUUAUCAUAAUGCCUAAAGGUGGAAAACCUAAACCGUCCUGGAAGUACUUGGACCUAUUUAGCAAAAACAAAAGAUGUAUAGCACAAAUUAAAAAUCAGGAUGAAUUAUGUUGCCCCCGUGCUAUUAUAGUGGGGCUAUCUUACAAGACCUCGGUUAUAUUGGGACACCACUUAAACGAUUACCAAAUCAAAAACCUGUGA